AUGUCUGAUAACGAAGAAAACGGCGCCGCCGAUUAUGGAUUUCACUCCGGAGAUGCUGCUGGACGCGGCGGCGAGAUCGACGAUCACCGAAACUCAAAAUCCCAGAUGGAAAUGCUUGACAAUGAGAGGGAUUCCUCUAGAAGUAAAGAAGGAGAUAGAGUGAAGGGGCGAGAUAAAGAGAGAGACAGGGACCAUGAACGGAGGAGGGACAGAGAGGGAGAGAGAAGCAAAGAACGUGACAGGGAAGAGGAUAGAAACAAGGAUAGAGGUAUGGAGAAAGAAAGGGAUGGAGAAAGACAUCACAGAAGCCGUCACAGGGAUCGCAGUGAGGAACGAGGUGAAAGAAGAGAGCGUGUGAGGGGUGAUGAUGAUGACCACCGUCGAAGCAGAGACCGUGACUUUGGGAGGCGGAGAGAUUAUGACAGGGACAGAGGAGAUAGACGCCGUCGCCGGUCUCGUUCUCGUUCAAAGGGUAGAUCGGAGCGUAGAUCACGAUCUCCAUCGAAGAGUAAGCGGGUCAGUGGAUUCGACAAGCCACCCGCAGCUUCUGGGAUGUUAGAUACUGGUGCUGCUGUUACAGGUCAAGUUCCCGCUCCAAACCAAACUCUUCCAAACAUGUUUGCCAUGCCAACGGGACAGCCAUUUGGAGGACUCCCUAUGAUGCCAAUUCACGCAAUGACACAGCAGGCUACUAGACAUGCUCGCAGGGUCUAUGUUGGUGGUCUUUCUCCCUUGGCAAAUGAACAGUCUGUUGCAACAUUUUUUAGUCACGUUAUGGCUGCUGUUGGCGGAAACACUGCUGGUCCAGGUAUUACAUUCUUGGCAUUAUAUCAUAUUUUUCUUCUUUCCCAGGGAGCUCCAGUGAAGGUGAGGAGACCGAGUGACUAUAACCCAUCGCUAGCUGCAACACUUGGCCCAAGCCACCCCAUUCCUAAUCUAAACUUGGCCGCUGUUGGUCUGACUCCAGGGGCUUCUGGUGCGCUUGAAGGUCCAGAACGUCUUUUCGUUGGUGGACUUCCCUACCAGAUCCCUGAGCCACAAAUCAGGGAACUGUUGGAGUCUUUGGGAGCACUGAAAGGUUUUGAUCUUGUAAAAGACCGAGAAACCGGAAACUCCAAAGGAUACGCAUUCUGCGCCUAUCAAGAUCCCGCUGUUACAGACGUUGCUUGCGCUGCCCUCAACGGAAUUUCAAUGGGAGAUAAAACGCUCACGGUGAGGCGUGCUAACCAAGGAACAACUCAAAAACCCGAACAGGAGAGUGUGUUGUUGCACGCACAGCAACAGGUUGCUUUCCAGAGGAUUAUGCUACAACAGGGAACAGCGGCCACCAAAGUCGUGUGCCUGACACAAGUAGUCACCGAGGAAGAGCUUAGAGAUGAUGAGGAGUACGAAGAAAUCGUUGUGGACAUGAGAGAAGAAGGCGGAAAGUUUGGUGCGUUGACUAAAGUCGUGAUCCCUCGUCCCAGCAACAACGGUGAAGCUACUCAGGGCGUUGGCAAGGUGUUUCUUGAAUAUUCCGAGACAGAGAGCUCGAGCAGGGCAAGAAACGGGAUGAACGGUAGAAAAUUUGGAGGGAACCAAGUGGUGGCUGUUUUUUACCCUGAAGAUAAGUUUGAACAGGGAGAUUAUUCUCUUUAG